CAAGGACUUGGGUUUUUCAUGCUUGAAGAGUACAUAACAGAUUCAUCAGGACUGGUUUUGACAGACAGCACAUGGACAUACAAGAUUCCGACCGUUGACACCAUUCCUAGACGGUUCAACGUCGAACUACUAAACAGUGGAUGCCAUGAAAAACGCGUACUCUCUUCUAAAGCCUCGGGAGAGCCUCCGUUGCUACUGGCAGCCUCGGUGCACUGUGCCACCAGACAGGCCGUUAAAGAAGCACGCAAACAGCUAUGCAUGUGGAAAGGUGAGGAUGGUUCCUCCAGUUCAAUGUUUCAGUUGCCUGUUCCGGCUACAAUGCCAGUUGUGAAGGAGCUAUGCGGUCUAGAUAUCAUUGAAAGCUAUUUGGAGUGGAAAUUAUGCGCAAACUCAAAAUUGUGAGCAAUAACAAAUUUAUCUGUACUUGUUUACAACUAUAGCAUAGAGAUUGACUUCUAUCACUGUGUAGGAAUAUUUUCCUUUUGCUC